AUGGAUAACACAGAUUUAAAAAUUUUAAUUGAUGAUUUAGUAUUUAAUCAAAAUUUUCUUGAUUAUUACGAUUUAAAAUCAUAUCUCCAAAAACAUAAUAACAAUAUAACGGGUGAUGAUAUGGAAUAUUAUUAUCCAUAUUAUAAAAAUGAAAUUUUGAAAUAUCAUAAUAAAAUAAUUUCUGAAAUUAAAGACAAAAUUAAAAAUAAUGAAUAUACAAAGGGAAAAACUAAAUCACAACUUAAACAGUUGAAAGAUUUCAAAAAUAAAGUAUUAACAGAAGAAGAUAUUGAUGAAUUAUAUAAUUUAUAUAAUCCUGAGCCACAAAAACCAAAGCCGAGGUCUAAAGUAGCAAAUGUUCAACAGCCAAAUGUUCAACAGCUAAAGGUGCAAAACGCCCUAACCCUUCAGACCAUAAAUGAAGCACAAGCUUUAAUUUAUGAUUCAUUAGUUAAACCAUAUUCAACCGACUUUUAA